UUAAUGUUCUCUCGAGAGGUCACCUUCUUCUCUUACCCCAAUUUUACUUGGGGUCUCUCCUCCACGUCCAUCCGAAAACCUUUCCCUCGUCGUCCUUUUCAGACGGACGACGAGCGAAACAUCUUCUUUCUAUCACCACGAUCACGAUUAUUCUUUAACUCUUCAAAAUGCCACCAAUUUCCAAGAUGGGAAUGUUGAAACCGUUCCAACUCUUGGAAAUAAACGUCAUAUCCGCCCAAGAUUUGGAACCUACAUCCAAGAAAAUGAAAACCUACGCCUCUGCAUGGGUCCAUCCGACGCGAAAACUCACCACGGGCGUUGAUGUCGAAGGUGGCAACAACCCUACGUGGAACGACAAGUUUGUUUUUCGAGUAAACGAGGAAUUUCUCCGACAAGACACAUCCGCUGUCCACAUUGAGAUUUUUUCCGUCCAUUGGUUCCGAGACUCGCUCGUCGGAACGGUUCGUGUCCUCGUCGGAAACCUAAUCCCUCCUAUUCGAGCUCACGGCCACCAUAAUCACCAUCUUGGAAUGCGUUUUGUUGCACUGCAGAUACGUCGUCCAUCAGGUCGUCCUCAAGGUAUACUGAACAUCGGUGUGGCAUUGCUUGAUGGUUCUAUGAGAAGUAUGCCACUAUAUAGACAAAUUAGCGCGUCAGCAGUUGGAUAUCGUGACUUGAUGGAAGAAGAUGCACAUCUACCACGCAGUAACGAAAGCAAGCAGAACAACAACAACAACAACAACAACAAUAAUAAUAGUAACAACAAUGUCAAUACUUUAAAACCUAUAUUACGACGAUCAAGGAGUGAACGUAGUGAACGUGUCACGUUCGAUGACAUUUCCAUGGGUAAUAGUUCAAUGGUUGCAAUUCCCUCUAAAACAAAGGCAAAGACUCAAGAGAAAGAGAGCUCAAUACUUAGUAUUUCAUUUGAGCCUCCAACUCAUAUGAUGAAAAAGAAGGGAAAAGCAAGUUCUGUUAUUAGUGGUGCAGAGCUAAGGGAAAAACCAAAAUCAGAAGGUAAAAAAGGUAAAUCAGGUUCUGUUUUGAGUGAUUCAAUUGUGAGUAAAGAGUCAUCUAGUUAUAAUUGGCCCAAUAAUGAAAAGCCCAAGCCCAAACUCAGACUUAUUGAGUUAGAAAUGGGUAACAAAAAUGAGCCCACAACUAAAGUAAUUGAUGAACAAUCAAUUACAAAGUCCAAAGGCUUGGGAGUUAGUGACAAACCUAAAGAGACACCAAUACCACAAAUUGGAAAGCCCAUUGUGAAGUAUAGUGGAAAUGAAUAUGGAGGCCCAAAAGGCCCAAUUCAAAAUGGCAAGUUUGUUUAUGGAGGCCCAUUAAAGGCAAAUUCUCUUUUUUCCGAGUCCGAAAUUGGGCCUUCAGCAUCUGAAGUGGCAGCUGCAUUGGUCGAAAAGAGAUAUCCAUUGGAUGAUAAAAAAAGCUCAGUGUUGGAUGGUUGGAGCUUGGACGAGAGCGUCGAGGGGCUCCGGUCGAAGCUCGAGAGGUGGCGAACGGAACUUCCACCAAUAUACGAUCGUGGGAUGGCCUCGAGCAGCUAUCAUUCGACCGGACGUCACCCGAGAAGGCAUUCCAUUGGAGGGAGUAGCUUGUUUUCUUGCUUUGGUAAUAUUUGUGGGUUUGAAUGUCAAUGCAUUUGUGGGAAGCCUCAAAGGAGAAGUCUCAACAACAAGUACCGUAGCCCAUCAACUGCUAGCCGAUCAUGGCUUUGAAAGCCCAAUGCCAAGCCCAAGCCCAAUUAGAUUUUAAGGCCCAGUUCAAGAAGUAUGGUAUAUUGGUAUUGAGGAAUUUAAUUGGGCAAUCUUGUUGUUUAGGUCACUCAUUUCACUAAACUUGUUCAUUGUUAUUUUUAUUUACAAUGCUGUAAUUAUCCUUUUACUUUGGAUUUUCAGGAGCAGAAUUUGUCAAAAUAAUAUAUGGUUUUCUUUAGCGGAA